ACCUCUGCCCAUGACCUCCCAACCAACAAAUCCACCCAACAUCAACUGAAUCUAAUAUGAAAAAAAAAGAGAUCUAUCAUUGAUUCCACCAUCUCUUAACCCAUACAUUCCCAUCCGCUCUUCCUCCAUUAACACGAAAUGUGGAGCCUUUGAGGGACUGUCCCCCUCCCUGGCAAAAGCUGUCGCUCACUGUCGACCUCCACCUCGUGCCUUCCUCUCUGCUUGCUUCUGUUGUGGGAAAGGAAGCCUUUCACAUCUCUCGCCCGACCCCAACCACUGCAGCCUCACCAACCCCGUUCCUUUUCUCCACCGUUCCCCUUGCUUCGUCUCUCUCGCUGGUUAAAGGAUGAAGAGGAAGGAGGGCGAGAGCAGCGAGGGGAUAGCGUGGGAGCUCCGCCCCGGAGGGAUGCUGGUGCAGACGAGGAGCGACGCGGCUGGCGGGCCCGGCGGACCCCUCGUCAAGAUCAGGGUCUCCCGUGGCUCCUGCCAGCAUGAGGUCUCCAUCCCUUCCCAAACCACCUUCGGGGAAUUGAAGAAGGUGCUUGCUCCGGAGACUGGCCUGGAGCCUCAAGAACAGAGGCUGUUGUUUCGGGGCAAGGAAAAGGAUGAUGAUGAGCGCUUGCACAUGGCGGGGGUCAAGGACAUGUCCAAGGUGGUCCUCCUGGAGGAUCCCGCGAGCAAGGAGCGGAAGCUCGAACAGACGAAGCGGGAUCAGGGGAUCGUGAGGGCGUGUGAAGCGGUCGCGCUUGUCAGAGCCGAGGUGGAUAAGCUCGCCGUGAAGGUGUCGACAUUGGAGGCUUCUGUGCACGCGGGCACGAAAGCUGCAGACAAAGAGUUUGUCGUUUUGACUGAGUUGCUCAUGGUGCAAUUGCUGAAACUGGACAGCAUCGAGGCUGAGGGGGAAGCCAAAAUGCAGAGGAAGUUUGAGGUUCAUCGUAUACAGAACUUUGUGGAGACUCUUGACUUACUAAAAACAAGAAACUCCAACCCUUUCGGCAACAGCAGCAAUGCUGUUUCGGUGACAACUCGAUGGGAGACAUUUGAAUCUGGGUUGGGCACCUGAACACACCUCAUUCAAAGGCAUCAUCUACCACAAUUACCAAUGAUUGGGAAAACUUCGACUAGCGUAUACUCUAUACUAUACUAGAAGACCAAAUUAUCCAUGUCGUUGUUUGUCAUCAUUCCUAUUUCUGUCAUCUGUUUUUUCAUGUGAAUGACUUUACGAGUUUUUUCACAAACAAACUGUUUUCGGAUGACCAAGAAAAAUGUUGUGACUCGAUGCAUUUCGUAAUAUUUUUUAUCAGCUUCUAUGUUUCAA